GCUGUGGCGACCCGUGUCGCUGCAGUGUUGCGCUUUCCUGUUUACGGGCGGGAAGAGCGAACAUAGCUGACUGUGGAAGCCACUGGGUUCAAAUCAGCGGCACAUUUGUUUUAAUUCUCCUUGAUGCUAAUGGUUUAUACGUUUUAAUGAUACACGGGACAUUGCGAGGUCUAGCGGACACGUUUUAAGUGGACUGUUUCUGAAAACUAAAGGAUUUUUGGGGAGUGCAGGGCAGAUGGAGGAUCCUCCAGCAGAUUCAGGCGGUGGAGGUGGCGGCGGCGGCGGUGCAGCGGCGGAGGGCCCCGUGAUGCAGGUGGCAGAUAUCUUUUGGCCGACCGGGGCUCUCCCUCUACGGCUUCUGGAGUGGAAAGUCAAACCCGGGACUCUUGUUAACGUGGACUCCGUGCUAGCACUGUGUGCUCCCAUACCUCAGGAGAAGGGGGCAGAGGGUGCCAGGCUGCCAGAGAAGAAGGUGAAAUCGGACCGUGCUGGAGUAGUCAAGGAGCUAUGCUGUCAACUUGGACAAGUCAUACCUCCCGGGGGCGUCAUCGUCAGAAUCGAAGAAUGUAGCCAUCCAAUAGUAAUGAAGGGUUUAUGUGCUGAAUGUGGUCAGGACCUGACUCAGCUGCAGGGCACGAAUGGGAACCAGCAAACUCCCAUCUCCACAGCAACCGUCUCCAUGGUGCACAGUGUCCCCGAGCUGAUGGUCAGCUCAGAGCAAGCAGAACAGCUAGGCAGGGAAGACCAGCUGAGACUGUACCGGAACAAAAAGCUGGUUCUGAUGGUGGACCUGGACCAGACGCUGAUCCACACCACUGAACAGCACUGCCAGCGAAUGUCCAAUAAGGGCAUUUUCCACUUCCAGCUGGGGCGAGGAGAGCCUAUGCUCCACACACGACUACGCCCACACUGCAAGGAAUUCCUGGAGAAAAUUGCCAAACUCUAUGAAUUACAUGUCUUCACAUUUGGGAGCCGCCUUUACGCGCACACCAUUGCUGGCUUUCUGGAUCCCGAAAAGAAGCUUUUCUCUCAUCGGAUCCUUUCGAGAGAUGAAUGCAUCGACCCUUUCUCCAAGACGGGGAAUCUUAGGAAUCUUUUCCCGUGUGGUGACUCCAUGGUCUGCAUUAUCGAUGACCGAGAGGACGUGUGGAAAUUUGCGCCUAACCUCAUCACUGUGAAGAAAUACAUCUACUUCCAGGGCACAGGGGACAUCAACGCUCCCCCUGGAUCACGGGAAGCUCAGAUGGCAAGGAAAGGAGGCCCGUCAAGUCGACCAGCAGAGAGCACAGAACCAGCGGGGACACUUGGUGCCGAUGAGCAAAAUAACGGCCCCAGGAAAAGGGCAGGAAAAGACAACAACAACAUUUCUGGAAAGGAAGAGUCCACAACACCUCAGUCUUCUCAGGGAGUACCAACAAAUGAACGGACUCACCCCGCGGAGGUUGCAGAGGACGUAUCAGGGCAAGGUAAAGGGUCAGAGACUGAGGCAGAGUCUGGGGUGGGGUCGAGGGAAACUCAGGUCGGUGACAGAACAAAUGUUAAGGAAGGUGAUAGCAACAGGACACUGGUCACACAAGAGGCACAGGACAGCGCAAACUCCUCAGCGCCGCACCACGAGUCCAAUAACUUAGACUUUGACCUUUCCAGUGACAGUGACAGUGACUCUAUUACAGAAAAGCCUCCCUCAUCAGAGAGCGAAAGUGAAGGCAAGUCUUGUCAGGCAAAGAAAUCUGGUCAGGGAGGAGUCACACAAGAGCUUGGUGAUGGUGAUGGGGCAAGGGAAGGGGAAACCAGCUCUGAUACAACAGAACCUUCAGGAGUUCUUCCCCCGGACCCCGAGCUGGGGAAUGGCUGCUCCGAUAGGAGAGAGCCAGAAACAGAGUCCCAGAAUAGCGAGCAAUCCGGGGUCACCAUGGGGGAGGAGCUGCUGGACCAGAGCAUGGAGGACGAGGACGAGGAAGAAGAUGCUGAUAACGACCAGGACGAUCACCUGAUCUACCUGGAGGAAGUGCUGGAAAGGAUCCACGCAGAGUACUACGCACGUUACGAGGCCUACCUGAGGAAGGAGGCCUCUGAAACGCCGGACAUCCGCAAAAUUGUCCCAGAGCUGAAAAGCAAAACACUGGAGGGCACGACGUUAGUUUUCAGUGGCCUGUACCCGACCAACUACCCCAUGGAGAGGACCCGUGAGCACUACCAUGCUAAAGCACUGGGGGCCAAAAUUGGGAAGAAUCUGGUUCUUAAUUCCCAAGAUCCGAGUCGGACAACACACCUCAUCGCAGCAAGAGCUGGCACCGAGAAGGUUCGUCAGGCACAAGGCUGCAACCACCUCCAUGUUGUCAACCCCGACUGGCUGUGGAGCUGUCUGGAGCGCUGGGAGAGGGUGGAGGAGCAGCUCUACCCGCUAAAGGAGGACUAUUCCAAGACGCCAAGGAGCAACAGUCCAGCGGCGAUCCCUGAUCAUGUGGGCUCCCUGCAGAAGCCUAUUUUCAACCCAGCUGCCAUCCAGUACAGGCCUCCACCUCCAGCCCCUGAGGUUCGGACCUACGACCCCGUCACAGGGAAGCUGAUCCGCAGGGGCCCUCAGCUGUCACGGCCGCUACCUUACCCCCAGGCGUCAGGGUCUUUAAUGCUCUCUGAUCACAGAGACCAGUCUUGUGUCAGGGGAACUUCAAAGGGUCAGCAGGACGGUGUGGCAGGGCCCAGCCAAGACAACGAGCAGCCAGGGCCGUCUCGUCGGAAACGACAGCCGAGCAUGUCAGAAUCUAUGCCUCUGUACACACUUUGCAAGGAGGAUCUAGACAGCAUGGACAAAGAGGUGGACGACAUCUUAGGCGAGGAGAGCGACAACGAAAGUGAGGGCAGAGGGAAGGAGAAGCCAGGCAAUGAGGAGGUGGAGGAUGAAGAGGAGGAGGAGCAGCCUGGACAGAUAGCAGGAGGAGGGCCCGGGCCUCAGGCGCUGAGCAUGGAGCAGAGGAUCCAGACACCAUCCAGUGAGACCAGUCUGCCCAGUAGUGUGCCAAGGGGCCACAAACGUAAGCAUGAUGAAGCCAAGGAGGAGGACGGUGACCAGAAUAAGGAGGAGGCGGAGGAAUCUGCCGACGAGUCUUCUAAAGAUUCCAAUGGGGAAGAAGGCGGCAGCAGCUCAGAGGCGGACGAGAUGGCCGCUGCCUUGGAGGCAGAGCUCAAUGACUUUAUGUGACAUGGAAUAUGAAGGGACUCAGUCACCGGAAAAGGGCAACAACUAAAGAAUCAGCCCCAGUCGCCCCUAUAAGUGGUACCUAAAAAUCCUAUUUUUCUGCUUUGGAGUCGGUGUGUGUUUUGGGUGUAUGAGCCAUGAGUGUGUGCUGUAAUAAAAAUGAAUGUCCUGUACAGAAAUGGCUUGUUGCUGUGUAAAUAAAGGCUUAGCUUUUUUUGUAGCAUUGAUAUAUGGCCUUUUUGGCAUAAAACACUUUGAUGUUAACAUUUUAUUUUACAAAAACAAAUUGUAGGAGACAUGAAAUUUGAUACUCUUUUUGUUCUGACUUUUUCUAUUUCAAUUUUUAUAUUGAUCAGAAAAAGAUAAAUGAAACUGCAAACUGUAAAUUCUGCUGGUCGUAUAUGCCAAAGAGUUUAGAGUAGGUUUGCCACGGCGUGCAGCUAAAUAUUUUACUCUGGACUUCCAGUUUUAUUGUUCUUUUGGCCUCAACAGUUUUUGGGUUUUUUAGGGUCAUAAAUGCAACCAGCAGAUCUAGACAUUUGAAUGUCGAGUCCUUUCUUCCUUUUAAUGGUGUUUGUACUUUUGAUAACAUAAUGCUUCCCAGUCUCUCUAAUAACCAGCCCCUUGGUGCACCAUCACCCUCAACAGCAUCCAACUUAACUCCCAGUUUAUGUUCACUUUCAUGUGUUUCAUUAAGUGUAAGCUCACCUUCCCCGUGUCAACCCAAUUCUACUAUUGAUAUUGUGCAGUUCAGAAGGACAGACUCUCUCACUCAGCCUCUGCUUAUAUACACUGGAGCUUUUACCCUGUUACGCCCAAGUUUUCCCACAUAACAAAGAUUUACUUUUAUUGUUACAUAACUAUGCAUUUUUUUCUGCCCAGGCUUCUGCCUCCACCCCAGAACAAUGGCCUUUUAUAGGUUCAAAUAAUAGGGAAAUUAUUUUAUAUAAUGUAAUGUUUUUAGAUAUAACAUGCACUCACUCUAUUGUCUGUUAAGUACAGCAUAUUAUUGAGUAUUGUAGCAUUUUCACAAGUUGUCUAACAUGAAAACAAUAGUGCUUUUAAUGGAUCAUGUUUCCCAGCCUUUAGUCUAUAUAUAUAUAUAUAUAUAUUUCUAAAUGAUGAUGUGCUGACAGUGAAUGCUGUAAUCGCUCCCUGGAUAAUGGUCAGAGGCAAUGUGUAUAUGAGUAAAUCAAGCACUGCAUUUAUUUAAGACACCGGGGUCACAGUUGGACGUCAGGAGAGAUGCCGGGCAUACAGAGUGCAGGACUAUGAGAACAGUGACCGGGUUUUUGCAUCCUGAGUCCUGUCUGUGGUUAAGGUUUUGGCGACAGCAGCACUUUGGUUAAGGUUCGAGAAAGAUUGCGAUCUCGGUUAGAUGCUAAUAAACACGCUGUCUUGUGUUUCGAGCCACUUAGGAUUUUAGGCGUUUAGACCGAAAACAGCUGCUUUGGUAAAUGUGUGUGUACUGGUGAGAUAAUUUGACUAACAGAUCCAAUUAAAACACUGCUCAGAGGUUUAGAAACUAAAUUCAUCAGUAGAAAGUAUGGAGACAAAAUAUCUGCAUGACUAGAUACCACAGGAGGUAAGUGCUUCUUUUUUUUUUUGGUCAUUUUGGUGAACAGACCCUUUAAACCUGCAUGAGGCAAGUCUCAAAUUUACCCAAAUGACCCCCCCACACACACACCCCUAAACUAAAUGUUUGUUUGUCUAAACCCAGCAGUGAGCAGAGAGAGCAGCUCCCCAGCACCUCUUCCCUUUUGUGGCCUUUGCUUUAAAGCAACCUGGGUGGUGAAUAUGACUGUGCUGUGUGCACUUUACUAACAUCAAACUUUACAGCAUUUCUGUGGAGAGCAAACAGUUCCGAACCACCAUCACGCUCAGUUGCCUCUAAUGGCGCAUAUUAUGUUUUACCAAUGUUACUUAUAUUCACCAUACAUGUCUGCCGCGUUAUCUAGAGUGGAGGCCACAGCACUGAGUCUGUUUUUGUGUCAUUGACAAGAGUUUCAAACCGUGAAAUAUGUUCCUUCCUCCACAUCUAGCCUAUAGAAAUUAAGGAGAGCAGCUGUCUGUUUGAAUAUCUGCCCAGUAAAUGAUACCCUUAACCACUACAACCACCAAAACAUCAAGAUAUUUCUUUUUACAGUGACCGUCAUCCCGUUUUGUUUGUGUUGAUGGUGGGGUGUUUUUUUAUUUUGUUUUGUUUUUAUUUUAAAUCACGGGUUUCAGUCAAACAACUGACAUGUAAAGUAUAUGUAAAGUCUAUUUCCUACUUGAUCCCUCAGAGAAAAGAUACUUUCAUUAAAUAAAAAUGUUUCUAAGUAA